GGGAUCGGGAUCGGCUCCGGGAUAGGGAUCGGCACCGGGGUCACUGGAACCGCCCCCAGGCCCGGCCCCCCCGCGACCGCCAGCCCAGCGCCAGGUGAGCCGGGUCCCCCCGCGGGGUGUGUGGGUUCGGUUCCUGCCCCGGGCGGGCGGAUGCUUUCCCCCCGCCUUGUUCUCAUCUAUCUCCUUUUUAUUUUCCCCUUCGAUGUCUAAGUUCUGGAGGGGCUGGGAGGUCAGUCACUAAAGAUUCGGCUCCUGACCGAUGGACCAUGCCGGGAUGUGUAAUUAGACUUUAAAUCACCCCUCAGGCUCUGCUGGCCGGGGUUUAUUGCUGGUGCUGGGCCCUUGCCCAGCCUGCACAUGGGGGUUUGUUUGCUGUGCCUGCCCCAGGAGACCUUCCCUGGGUAUCCCUGGCUGCUGUGGGCUGGCCAGUGGGGAGGGAAUGGGCUCUGGGGAGCUGAGGAACGCGGUGUGCUCCCUGCGGGAUGGCGAGUGGGAAAUGGGAUCAGAGCACACCUCAGGUCACAUCCAUCGGCUUCUCCAUCCUUUAGGAUAUCGGUGUUCUCCGCCGAGGCAGGAAAAUGACUUGGAGAAGUGUAAAAACAGGAUCUGGAAAUCUGCGUUUGCAUGGCUGUCUGUCACUGAAGCCACAAGGCUGGAAUUAGGAAGGCAGAGAAUGGAACACACCAUGGCUGAUCCACGCCUAGUGAGGCAGAAGCUGCAGAGGCACCUGGAAGCCGUGUCAGCGCGGCAGCAGCUGGCCCUGCUCCGGAACCAGGCCCUGCGCCGGGAAUUCCUGCAGCUGGAGGCUCACAUGGAAACCACGGGCUGGGAGAGCAUCUGGAAGAUGGAAGAACGGUAUGGAAGGGAAAUUAAAAACCUGUUAUCCCUUCGAGAGGGCAGCUUGUCAGCAGGAGGUGACAAGGAGGAAGGACCCAGCGAGCAGGUGCUGCAGGCCGGAGGACAGGUGGGAAUUGGCACCAAUGCAGCCGUGCCAGGAGAGCUGGGCUAUCCAGCAGCAGCCUUGCUGGGCUGCCCCACAUCAGCUGCCUCAGCCGCAGGAGGUUUGGGCUCUCAGCAGGAGCCCCCUCUGUGCUCCCCAUCCCCUGACGGGCUCGGUCCCGAGACCGGCAGCGCUGCUGGAGAGAGCGAGGAGGGAGCAGCAGGACACGGGGACCUGGCUGCCAGCGAGGAAGGCUCUGAGCAGCUCACCUCAGCUUCUGGUGCCACAGCAGCCUCCCCAAGGGCGGGAAGUGUUCCAGGGGCAAAGCCUGGCCUGAGCAGGGAGGGGAGCAGUGCCAAGCUCCCGGUCCCUGCCGGCGCUGAGGAGGAGGCGAGGCCAAGCGUUCCCAGCAUGCGGCUCCGGGGCAGGGAUGCCCGGGCUCCAGAGUGCUCCCUGCUGCCCCCACUGAACCCUCCCGCUGCCCAGGAGGAGUCCUUGGACAGCUCAGCACCACACAGGUCCGGCGGGAUGCGGGCCGAGCUCCAGGAGCUCUGCCACGCACUGCAGCUCCUGGAGGAGCUGGUGGAGAGGACGAGCCCCCAGCACCGGGCGCUGUACCAGGGCCAGCCCUCGGGGACAGCGGAGCUGCCCAGUGCUUGUGCUGGGGCCAGCGGGCUGGCUCAGGGUGACCUCGAGGUGAUGGAAGCCGUGGUGCUCCGGCAGCUCCAGGCCGUGUCCCGGCGCGCACAGAGCGGGAGCCUUCCGCCGGAGAACACUGGCGAGGACGAGAACAGAGCGGGACACGAGGAGCACACCAGGGACACGGACGCGCUGCGGACUCUCCUGAGCCGCCAUGGCUUGUUCCUGAAGCAGCACUGCAUUCGGCUCCCGGAGAGGGUGGCAGAGAUGUUUGAGCAGCUGCUGGCUUCGGGAGAGGAGGAGCAGGACCGCCAGACUGUGCUGGUGCUGAGAGAGGCCCUUCCAGGAGAGUGUGGGGAUGAGCCACCUGUCCAGAGUGAUGAAUCCUCCCUUGGCCUGCCAUCGAUCCCGACCAACAGCGGGGAAGGAAAGGAGGAGGAACUGGCACGGCAAGAACCAGGUGGAGAUCACGGCCCCAACAGUCCCGACGGAAGCGACAGUUUGGGAACGCAUUCGGAAAGCAGCUCCUUGUCGGAUGGAAGCACUCCUCCCUUCUCCAGGACUGAACUGCGGAAGGAAACAGUAACUGCCAUAAAAUCCAAAGCGUUCUGGGGCGAAUCUGACGACAGCAGCUCCGAGCUCGAGGCUGCUCUGCGCCCACAGAUCCACGGCACGGAUUCAGACGACUUUGAUGACUUCUAUGGCUGAGAUUCUCCCACUGGCUUUUGGGAAGAAACAAACUGUGUUUUCUUUUACACAGUGAGCGUGCCACAGGCUGAAGUACUGCCUGUUACCUAAUUGGCAAAGAAAAUUUAAAUGCCAAAUAAACAUGAUGGGUCCUA